AUGAAUGUGAGGAGGUUUGAGGACUCCCAGUAUGAAUGUGAGGAGGUUGAGGAGUUCCAGUAUAAAUGUGAGGAGGUUGAGGACUCCCAGUAUGGAUGUGUGGAGGAGGUUGAGGGGUCCCAGUAUGAAUGUGAGGAGGUUGAGGAGUCUCAGUAUGAAUGUGAGGACGUUGAGGAGUCUCAGUAUGAAUGUGAGGAGGUUGAGGAGUCCCAGUAUGUAUGUGAGGAGGUUGAGGAGUCUCAGUAUGAAUGUGAGGAGGAGGUUGAGGGGUCCCAGUAUGAAUGUGAAGAGGUUGAGGAGUCCCAGCAUGAAUGUGAGGAGGUUGAGGAGUUCCAGUAUAAAUGUGAGGAGGUUGAGGAGUCCCAGUAUGAAUGUGUGGAGGUUGAGGAGUCCCAGUAUGAAUGUGUAGAGUUUGAGGACUCCCAGUAUGAAUGUGAGGAGUAUGAAUGUGAGGAGGUUGAGGAGUCCCAGUAUGUAUUUGAGGAGGUUGAGGACUCCCUGUAUGAAUGUAAUGAGGUUGAGGAGUCCCAGUAUGUAUUUGAGGAGGUUCUCAGGACUUCCAGCAUGAAUGAAUGUGAGAAGGUUGAGUACUCCUGGUAUGAAUGUGAGGAGGUUGAGGACUCCCUGUAUGAAUGUGAUGAGGUUGAGGAGUCCCAGUAUGUAUUUGAGGAGGUUGAGGACUCCCAGUAUGAAUGUGAGGAGGUUGAGGAGUUCCAGUAUAAAUGUGAGGAGGUUGAGGACUCCCAGUAUGAAUGUGUGGAGGAGGUUGAGGGGUCCCAGUAUGAAUGUGAGGAGGUUGAGGAGGCUCAGUAUGAAUGUGAGGACGUUGAGGAGUCUCAGUAUGAAUGUGAGGAGGUUGAGGAGUCCCAGUAUGUAUGUGAGGAGGUUGAGGAGUCUCAGUAUGAAUGUGAGGAGGAGGUUGAGGGGUCCCAGUAUGAAUGUGAAGAGGUUGAGGAGUCCCAGCAUGAAUGUGAGGAGGUUGAGGAGUUCCAGUAUAAAUGUGAGGAGGUUGAGGAGUCCCAGUAUGAAUGUGUGGAGGUUGAGGAGUCCCAGUAUGAAUGUGUUGAGGAGUCCCAGUAUGAAUGUGAAGAGGUUGAGGAGUCCCAGUAUGAAUGUGAUGAGGUUGAGGGGUCCCAGUAUGAAUGUGAGGAGGUUGAGGAGUCUCAGUAUGAAUUUGAGGAGGUUGAGGAGUCUCAGUAUGAAUGUGAGGAGGUUGAGGGGUUUCAGUAUGAACGUGAAGAGGUUGAGGAGUCCCAGUAG